UGCAACAACACUUUUGGAUCUUAUCAAUGCACUUGCAAUAAAGGAUUUUAUGGAAAUGGAGCAGUGUGCACAGAUAUCAACGAAUGCUCAAUGCGCACCCACAGAUGUCCAUAUCAAUCAAAAUGCAUCAAUACACCUGGUUCUUAUACGUGCAAAUGUCCCAAGGGUUACGAAAUGGAAGACAACGUUUGUGAAGAUAUCGACGAAUGCGAUGAAAACACUCAUAAAUGCCACAAAAAUGCACGUUGCACAAACUUUGUUGGCACAUACAAAUGUCGCUGUAAAGAUGGCUUCAAACACAUGAGCAAUGGAAGAUACUGUUUUAAAGAAAUCUCGAAUGGAGAGAUCAGUCAGUUGACUUUAAUCAUUUCUGGCGCGUCAGCUUUUAUAUUAUUCGUUAUUUGGAUACUUUGUUGCCUUUGUUUAGCACGGAACACAAAAACUUCGAGUAAAAAAAAAGUAAAAAGUGAUGAUCAAGAACCACUAAUUGAGAAAUCUUCUCAAGGAAAACAAGUCUUUAUGUAUUAUCCAGAAGACAGCAGGAACACAAACUGGUCACUGAGCCGUAUAUGUAACUGUAUAAACAGAGAUAUCGAUGAAUGUGGUCGUAAUAAACAUAAUUGUUUACCAGCUGCUGGAGAAGAAUGUUUUAACAAAAAGGGAGGAUUCAAGUGUGUUUGUUUUCCUGGUCUAAAAAGAGAAAAGGGAAAAUGUGUUGAUCUUGAUGAAUGCAAAACUGGGAGACAUGAUUGUGAUCCCAAUGCAAAAUGCAAGAAUUUACCAAAACGUGGUUAUGAAUGUCACUGCAAUCCUGGAUUCAAGCAAUAUAACAAUGGCAGAGUAUGUCAGGACAUAAAUGAAUGUUCCGACAAUUCAAAAUGCUCAAUCUAUGCCAACUGUACGAAUCUACCUGGAUCAUACAAUUGCCACGGAUGUGACCCAGGAUUCACGGGCGAUGGAAUAAACUGCAAUGAUAUCGAUGAAUGUGAAGAACUACGUCCAUGUUCUAUCAAUGCAAUGUGCAACAACACUUUUGGAUCUUAUCAAUGCACUUGCAAUAAAGGAUUUUAUGGAAAUGGAGCAGUGUGCACAGAUAUCAACGAAUGUUUAAUGGGCAUAUAUGGAUGUCCAUUUCGGUCAAAAUGCAUCAAUACACCUUAUUUGUGUGAAUGUCCUAAGGGUUAUGAAAUGAAGACAACGUUUGUGAAGAUAUCGACGAAUGCGAUGAAAACACUCAUAAAUGUCACAAAAAUGCACGUUGCACAAACUUUGUUGGCUCAUACAAAUGUCGCUGUGAAGAGGGCUUCAAACAUUUGAGCAAUGGCAGAUUCUGCUUAAAAGGUAAAACAUUUCACUUUGAUUGUUGUCAAUG